GCUCUCUCGUCCCCACACACACAACCAAAAAACCCUAACUUUUUCUUCUCAUUUCUUUCUUUCUCUCUCUGUGUCAUUUCGUCGAACAGCUUCAAUACACUUUCGAAAAUGCGUGAGAUCCUUCACAUUCAAGGUGGUCAAUGCGGCAACCAGAUUGGUGCCAAGUUCUGGGAAGUGGUCUGCGCGGAGCAUGGCAUCGACCCCACCGGAAGGUACGGCGGCGACACCGAUCUUCAGCUCGAGAGGAUCAAUGUGUACUAUAACGAGGCCAGUUGUGGCCGAUUUGUUCCCAGAGCGGUUCUCAUGGAUCUUGAACCGGGAACCAUGGACAGUGUCCGGUCAGGGCCGUACGGUCAGAUCUUUAGACCGGAUAACUUUGUGUUCGGGCAGAGUGGUGCUGGGAACAAUUGGGCUAAAGGGCACUACACGGAGGGUGCCGAGCUUAUCGAUUCGGUUCUUGAUGUUGUGAGAAAGGAAGCUGAGAACUGUGAUUGCUUACAAGGUUUUCAAGUGUGCCAUUCUCUGGGUGGAGGAACUGGGUCUGGAAUGGGUACCCUGUUGAUUUCAAAGAUCCGGGAAGAAUACCCAGAUAGGAUGAUGCUUACUUUCUCAGUCUUUCCAUCUCCAAAGGUUUCAGACACUGUGGUUGAACCCUACAAUGCUACUCUAUCUGUUCAUCAGCUUGUAGAAAAUGCUGAUGAAUGUAUGGUUCUUGAUAAUGAAGCCUUGUAUGACAUUUGCUUCCGUACCCUCAAGCUCACCACACCAAGCUUUGGUGAUUUGAACCAUUUGAUUUCGGCAACCAUGUCUGGUGUCACAUGUUGUUUGAGGUUCCCUGGUCAGCUGAACUCUGACCUUAGGAAGCUCGCCGUAAACCUCAUCCCCUUCCCUCGGCUUCACUUUUUCAUGGUCGGGUUUGCUCCUCUCACCUCUCGCGGUUCUCAGCAGUACAGGGCCUUGAGUGUUCCGGAGCUCACACAGCAAAUGUGGGAUGCCAAGAACAUGAUGUGUGCUGCUGAUCCUAGGCACGGAAGGUACCUCACUGCCUCCGCCAUGUUCCGGGGCAAGAUGAGCACAAAGGAGGUUGAUGAACAAAUGAUCAAUGUUCAGAACAAGAACUCCUCAUACUUUGUGGAAUGGAUUCCAAAUAAUGUCAAGUCUACUGUAUGUGAUAUUCCCCCUACAGGAUUAAAGAUGGCCUCAACAUUCAUUGGAAACUCCACCUCAAUUCAGGAGAUGUUCCGAAGGGUGAGCGAGCAGUUUACUGCUAUGUUCAGAAGAAAGGCUUUCUUGCAUUGGUACACCGGGGAAGGCAUGGACGAGAUGGAAUUCACAGAGGCAGAGAGUAACAUGAAUGACCUUGUUUCGGAGUAUCAGCAGUACCAGGAUGCCACUGCUGAUGAGGAUGAGUACGAAGAGGAAGAGGAAGAAGAUUACCAGCAACAUGACAUGUGAUUUUGAUCUUCAGUGAAUGCGGUGACCGCAACAUCCUGUUGCCGGAUCAUACUCUCUUUAUUGAGGGAUAUAGUAUACUGUUCCGGCUAGCACUAGUUUACAUUGCUUAAUAUCAAACUAUUUCUGGGUUUUGUUCAUGUUUUUCUUAAUAUUUUUAUCUACUUGUUGGUAGAGAAGACAGUAUAUUAAGCAACUAUUAUUUUCGAAGCUA